UGAAAACCUAUUUUUAAUGUUUUGAUUUUAUCGUUUCUAUUUUAACGUUUUACUUAUAACUACAGGGUGAUGCUAUUUUAUACGUAGAUAUUUUCACAAUAAGGAAUAUUUGAGUGCAUUUUAUCUUUUAGUUUUGAUUAUUUCCACCCUGUUCAGCUGUUGUAAUUGGAAAGUGUACUCGACAAGAUUUGAAACGAAUUUUGAACACGAAUAAACACAUCACGGAGUUCAACGCCACUUUUAUUUUUAUAAUUUCAUCUUCCUCUUACGAUGGCAGAUGACAAUGAGGUUAUUGGCAGUGCAUCCGAGUUUAUAAAGGAUCGAUUGUAUUUUGCAACCCUUCGAUCAAAACCAAGAUCCUCAGCACACACACAUUAUUUCUGUGUGGAUGAGGAGUUGUUGUAUGAAAACUUCUAUGCAGAUUUUGGUCCUCUUAAUUUAGCCCAGUUAUACAGAUAUUGUUGUAAAUUAAAUAAAAAAUUAAAGUCAUUUUCCUUAGCAAAGAAAAAAAUAAUCCAUUAUACAAGUUUUGAUGCAAGAAAACGAGCCAAUGCUGCAUUUUUGAUAGGUGCAUAUUCAAUUAUUUAUUUAAAGAAAACACCAGCAGAAGCUUAUAAACCAUUAGUAGCUGGUUCUAAUCCCCCUUUCUUACCAUUCAGAGAUGCUUCCUUUGGUCCUUGUACAUAUAAUUUAACAUUAUUAGAUUGUUUACAAGCAAUUAGUAGGGCCUUAGCAAAUGGAUUUUUUGAUUUUGAAAAUUUUGAUGUAGAUGAAUAUGAGCAUUAUGAGAAAGUUGAAAAUGGAGAUUUUAAUUGGAUAGUACCAAAUAAAUUCUUGGCUUUUUGUGGUCCUCAUGCCAAAUCCAAGAUAGAAAAUGGUUAUCCUUUACAUGCACCAGAAGCUUACUUUCCAUAUUUCCGUAAACACAAUGUUACACAUAUAGUACGGUUAAAUAAAAAGAUAUAUGAUGCUAGAAGGUUCACUGAUGCAGGCUUUGAUCAUACUGAUUUAUUCUUUAUUGAUGGCAGUGUACCUAGUGAUAACAUUGUCAGACAGUUCUUAGAAUUAGCAGAAAACUGUGAUGGUGCCAUUGCAAUUCAUUGUAAAGCUGGUCUUGGUAGAACAGGCUCAUUAAUAUGUGCAUAUAUAAUGAAGCAUUAUAAAAUGACUGCAGGGGAAUGUAUUGCAUGGAAUAGAAUCUGUAGACCAGGUUCAGUUAUUGGUCCUCAACAACAUUUUUUAGAGGAAAAACAGGCAUGGUUAUGGAUGCAAGGAGAUCUAUAUAGAGCUAAACAGAAAGAUAGAUCACGAGGUAUAGAAAGACAAGGUUGUGUCUCUAAGUUAUUAAGUGGUGUAGAUGAUAUGAGGUUACAUGAUGGACAAGAGAAUGAUCAAUAUUACAGUAAUUAUACUGAUAUGAUUUAUUCUGGUCCAAUAACUAGAAGUUCUAUCAUAGAAACUCAAGGUGAUAAGUUAAACCAGAUUAAAAUGAUGAGAAAACAUAUUAGAUCAGCUACCACUGGUACUGUUGGUGGUGAUGAUAUGAAAUCUCAUAAACGAUCAACUACAGGGCCCAUGAGAUCAUCUGGUUCAAAGAGUGCGCAAGGUGUUUCAUCGCCUGUGAAAACAUCGAAAGUUUCGUCUUCAGUGCUUGCCCACAACCAGGCAAAUACUAGUACACACAAACGUAGUACCAGAGUUUCACCUGGUUCAUCUCCUAGUGCCAAGAGCUCAACCAAACUAGAUCAUCGAUAUGAUUAUGGAUACUCUUCUCGGAAUAGAUAUUCAGGAUCUUCAGAUAUUUAUAGUAGUGUAGUUGAUUAUACGGCUUCUUGGCCAUAUAAGUAUCAUUUACGCUCGGGAUACUCUGUCGGUUCCUCUUACUCGUAGCAGUAAAACUCCACCAAUCCGAUGAUAAACCACACUGGAAAGUAGAAGAUGUUAUUAUAAAUCGUCGUGUGAUUUGAUAUGAGGCCUUACAGAAUUAGUUUUUGUUUUAUUAAUUUUUACCGGUAUUUUAAUCUAUAAACCUAUUUGUUUUAUUACUUGUUAAUAACCUCUAGAUUGUUUUUACUUGGCAGCUCAUUUGCCAAAGCUUUUAGACAUAAUAUUGCUCAUAAUCAGAAUGAUAGCACACAAUAUUAGUCUUUUAU